GGAUACAAUUAUGAGGCGUGUACCCUCUUGUAUCAAUCGUUCCGACUCACACGAAUCAGAACGGGCGCUCAAAUUUCGAGCGAUGGGCCUGGUCGCUUUAGGUCUCAGACUUGCUCAUUCACUCUUUCAUACCAUAAGGUGGCGCUCUUACACGCGAGUCUGGAAUAUAACAUACACCAUGCGUUUGUAGUUAACGCGAAGGUAUCUGCGCGAGCCUGUUGCGCGGGCCCCGCGCCUGGGCCCUUCGCAUCUUAUCGGUGCAAGGUAUUUGAGCCCUGUGGACGUUAACUAUUACCUUAGGAACAAUGGCAUCACCCGGAGAAGAAAUAGCAUGGUUCCCGCUCGACACAUGCGUGUCAGACUUUAUGCGCCUGCUGCACGCUGUCGACACCUUUCCGCGUGGCGGGCUCUACUCGGGCUAUUACGCCAUCCAGGCAGCGCAGCGCUAUGAGUGCUUUUGGACCAUGGUGCUAAAGACUCAGCCCCUGGGCAAGGGCGGUGCGGCAAUCCUGCCCCCGCUGGAUGUGGCGUACGCAUGGCUGGUUCACCGGCAGGACCCGGCCGGCUACAAGUCCGCCAUGGUGGCCCUGGGCGUGGAGAAACCGCACCCAGCCAAUGCGGAACAGGCUUUUGGCUUCUCGGUCGACCGCGCGGACCGGACGGAGUGGAAGAAGGUGGCGGGGGCGCACGAGCAGUGGCCACCGCCAGCCCCGGGGUCGUCGUACGACGUUGACCACGAGGUGUUGGCACGCGGCAGGCCGAACUACGCCGCGGGCCUGGCCAACGCCAUGGUCCACUUUUCGCGGCUGCUGCACACCUGGAUGCGGCCGCACUUCCUGGACAGCGCCUUCCUGCAGCGGGCGUGGGGCAGGUUUGCCAAGUUCCUGCGCCUGCACAUAGCGUACCCGCAAGAGGUGCUGGUGCCGGCGGCCGACAUCGCGCUCAUCUGGCACACCUACCUCGGCCUGAGCGACAAGUACGCGGAGAUGUGUGCGCGCGUGUUCUGCGAGCUCCAGGAGAACCAGCCGGCCCUGUGGCGGCCCGAUUACCUGACCCUGUCGCCGAACCAGCUCCCCGCGGCGUACGGCAAAACCGCGGCGCUGUACACUGCCGCGUACGGCGGAGAGCCGUACGCCGACCCGUACACGGCGUGGAUCGGGCCCGAGGUGCCGUACCCGCUGGCGGCGCCCGGGAGCCCCGUGGCGGCGUGGCUUAGCGCGCUGGACGAAAACCCAAAGCACGGCGAGCAGGCGGCGGCCAUUGCGCGCGCGGCCGCGAAGCUGGGCGAGGGCCAGCCCUGGGCUUCCGCUGUGGUGCCGCGCGCCGGCGCACACGCGCUGUACCUGGCGUGGCUGGCGUCGCGCCGCGCCGAGCACUACUACGUGGACGCCACCUGUAACCGUUGCUGCUUCACGUCCAGCGCCUCCGUGCACGCCAAGGCUCUGUCGACCGGCGUCGCGGCGGUGGUGUCGUGCGCCUACUUCCUGGACCUGCCGGCUACGCCCAAGCACCCCUACCUGAAGGCUGUCCAAGUGCGCGGCGGGCUGUGGCAGCAGCAGUCCUCAGGCGCGCCCGCGAACGGUGCCGCGCCGCCUCCUCCCGGCUUCUCACCAGCUGACACGGAGCGGCUGCUGGGCCCCAGCCAGCAACACCUGAUGGUGGGGCUGGGCCAGUUGCUGGGCGGCGGCGCCGGCGGUUCGAAGGCGGCGGCGGCGGGGGGUGGCGCAGGCGGCACGCAGCAGCAGGUGGCGCCGCUGUGGAGCAUCCUGGGCGCCAAGGACAGUUCAAGCCGCGCGCAGGCGUGCUACAAGAGCGCCUGGACGCUGGCGGCCGCCACAAACGUGGGCCGCAUGCAAACGGCCUACCAGCACCGCAAGCACAACGCACGCGACGACGGCGUGUACUACUACGGCACCACCGACUAUUACGCCGCAAACACGCUGUUCUACGCGUACGGGGCGGACGCGUACGCCUUCGACGACCCCCGCCGCAACUCCUACAACGGCAUGGUGGUGGUUGGCGGCGGCUAUGACGGCGGAGGCGGUUGGAGUGGCGGCGACGGCGGUGGCGGCUUCAGCAGUGGUGACGGUGGCGGCGGCUUCAGCGGCGGCGAUGGUGGUGGUGGUGGCGGGUGCGGCGGUGGUGGAGGCGGCGGCGGCUGCGGUGGUGGAGGUGGCGGCGGUGGAGACUAGACUGACGUACCAGCAUAGGGCUGGACAUAACGGUCAGGCGUGACACGAAAGGCUGUGAUUGGGCCCGUGACAGCAGCGCGGUUACCUUACCUGCGAUCUUGGGUGCUGAAGUUUGGACCGGCAGCGCGGAGAGUGAGUUGCAUUGCGGGGGCACGGGGCAAAUUGAAGUGGGGGGCCAGGUCGGAGGGGAGGUGCCGAGGUGGGGACAGUGUUGCUCAGGGCGUGGAUUUGCUGGGCCACUCCCUGGCUGCGACACGGUUAGGUAGGGGGAAUGGAUUUGGGACUGCACCCAGCCAGGCAAGCCUGCCAACCUGAGCGGCUGAGCCACAUCAGCUCGUGAGUUUCAAUGUCAACCCAUCCUAGCACCCCGCACGUGAAGGUUAUGUAUGGAGGACUUCCAGUGUCAGGGCGCCACACGCUGUAACUUGCGAUGCGC